AUGCAGGACUAAAGAGGUCCCUUCCGGUUUUUAGCUUGCGUAUUAAACUGUGGACCCGUGUUCCCAAGGUUCCUGGCACCUCGAGGCUUUCUUUAAGUAUCAGCAGGCGCGUCCACAUUGAGUCCAGGUCUUGAUUAACGUUAAUAGUUGCAUUUUGUCAGCCCACUUCUGUAUACUGAACAGUUGUGGGUCACUGCAUAUUUUUUACCAAGGGGUAAAAAUAAAAAUGAGCCGAGAGCAAAGUUUGUACAGGGUGCCUUCCCUUACCCUGGAACCUGAAGCAACAGCGGUUCACUCUGCCUUCAAGAACUCUGGCCCAAAAGAAAUAUCAGCUUCUAUAACCUUAAUGUAAAACUAUCGGUUUCUGUAACCCGUAAUUUCCGGAAAUCUCAGUCAGAAAGAUACAGAAGACUGAACUUUUGUGAAUCGUAAAUGCUUCCAGGGGUAGGGAUGGGGGCGAGCUAGCGCACUCUGGGUAAAGAUAACCUAAGUGAGCACAGUGCAUCAGGCAGGCAAUGAUGUCAAUAUGGGAUAACAUAUAAGCGGUUAGAAUGACCACAAUAGAGCCCACGUGUGUAGAAAGAGGCAUGGAAAAUGAUACAGUGAAAAUAUCAAAAUAACUACUGGAGGUUAAGACAAAAUUAUGCUUAUCUCUAAAUAUCAUAUGGCUCAUUUCACGUGGCUUGUAGGCUAACAACCACCCCUCCGCCCCAAACAAAACAAACAAAACCCUGGGUAACUUGCAAUUUCUAACUAAGGAGAGUAUCUGAGAGUGAAGAGCCUGUAUCAGGAGAUUGUCUCUAUGUUCCCAUUUCUUAUGCUGGGAGAGUUGAGUAAGAGGAAAUUUCAACCCUGAUGCACCCAGCCAGCCACUCAAUGUAAUGAUACAAAUGUGUAAACUGGGCUGAGUAGCACAGAUGGGGUGGUGAGGCAUGAGGAGGUAGAAGACUGUAAAGUACACCUAAUGGCACUGCUGUCAAAGUCCUGGGUCCACUUCGGGAAUCUCAGGAUGUGUUUUGCUCACCUGCCGUGGCCCUGGGAAUCUUUGAAAAGAUGUAACAACCUUGGUGCUAUCUGCCUAAGGUUUUCUGUUACUCGCUGCAUAAAAUCUUUAUCAGUCCUCAUUCCCCGACCCAGAUCCCUGGCUGUAGCACUGGCCACUCACUUCAAACCAGAGGCCAGCAAAAUAACUUUUCUUGCUGUUUCUUGACCUCUUCCAGAUCAGUUCCCAUGGGGUCUUUACCCGACUACCUGCCAGCUUACUCUCCUGGACUUCUCUCUUGCUCCAGGUUUUUGAAUGGCUAGCUCAAUAUCACCAUUUACUCUCUCUGUUUAGACAACCUUUCUGCAAUGGAACAGAGAGAGGAAAUGUGGAUUUGUGGCAUCUACAUAAUGUUUAGUGACUGAGAUAUGAGAAAGUCCUCUGAUUAGUACUCUGCUAGGGAAACUUUUGAUCUGCUCUGUCAACAUGCAUCACUAACCAAGGGCAGAACUUUGAACUUUGUUUGACCUUUUCUAAGCUUUCCCCUAGACUUAAUGAGUAAACAAACAGAACUGUGUCAAAAUCUUGUGUCUCAAGUAGCCCAACAACAUCAGAACCUAGUUUCAUUUUAGCUAUAUUUCUCUAGUGAUCAAUGUGCCUUUUCAUGUGCUUAUUAGGCUCAUCUGUAUAACUUUGGAGAAAAAUAUGAAUUGGAUUGUUUGGUUUUUCAUGGUUGAUGUUUAUCUGAGUUUUGGUUGUGGCUUUUUUUUCCUGCCAAUAGCAGGAGAUAUUGUAUCUUAGUUACUUUUCUGUUGCUGUGAUGAAACAGUGGCCAAAAGUGACUUGUAGAAGAGUCUAUUUUGACUUAUGGUUUCAGAGGGAUAAGAGUCUACCAAGGCGAGGAAGCAUGGCAGCUAGCAGCAGCCAUGAUGACAGGAGCAGGGAUCCCAGAGUUCCCCUUUAAUCACAAGCAGGAAGCAGAGAGAGGGAAUGGGAAGUGGGGUACGGCCAUAUAAUCUCAAAUCCUGCUCCUAGUGAUAUGCUUCCUCCGGUGAGGCUGUAUGUCCCCAUAAUCUCUCCAAACAGCAUCACCAAAUGGGAACUGAAUGUUCAAAUACCAGAGAUUAUGAGGGUGCAUUUCUCAUUCGAACCAACACAUCCUGCCUCUAGAAAGCUGUCUGGAGAUGGCUAGCCAAGACAGUAAUGACAUAUAUGAGCCUCUGUGAUGGUUUGUAUAUGCAUGACCCAGGGCAUGGCACCAUUAGGAGGUAUGGCCUUAUUGGAGUAGGUGUGUCGCUGAGGGCGUGGGCUUUAAGACCUUCAUCCUAGCUGCCAGAAAGCCAGUCUUUUCCUGUUUGCCACUGGAAGAAGAUGUAAAACUCUCAUUUCUGCCUGCACCGCACCUGCCUGGAUGCUGCCACAUUCCCACCUUGAUGAUAAUGGACUGAACCUCUGAACCUACUGUUACAAUAACCAAGGAGAGUGACAGUACCUGAAACUUCUGGCUAUUGUAUAAGAUCAGAGAAUCUGUCUUCUCCAACAUGGCAGGUAAGAAAGUGCUCCUUGUCUAUGCACACCAAGAACCCAAGUCCUUCAAUGGGUCCAUGAAGCAAGUGGCUGUUGAAGAACUGAGCAAGCAGGGAUGCACAGUCACUGUGUCUGAUUUAUACACCAUGAACUUCGAGCCAAGGGCCACAAGAAACGAUGUUACUGGUGCCCUCUCUAAUCCUGAAGUCUUCAAAUAUGGGAUAGAAGCCUAUGAAGCCUACAAGAAGAAAGCUCUGACCAGUGACAUACUUGAAGAGCAGAGAAAGGUGCAAGAAGCUGAUCUAGUGAUAUUUCAGUUUCCACUAUACUGGUUCAGCGUUCCAGCAAUCCUAAAAGGCUGGAUGGAUAGGGUGCUGUGCCAAGGGUUUGCCUUCGAUGUCCCAGGCUUUUAUGACUCUGGUUUUCUCAAGGAUAAACUAGCCCUCCUUUCCUUUACCACGGGAGGUACAGCAGAGAUGUACACAAAAGCUGGGGUCAAUGGAGAUUUCCGGUACUUCCUGUGGCCACUUCAGCAUGGUACAUUGCACUUCUGUGGAUUUAAAGUCCUUGCCCCACAGAUCAGUUUUGGUCCUGAAGUUUCAUCAGAAGAACAAAGAAAAGUGAUGCUGGCAUCAUGGGUCCAGCGGCUGAAGAGCAUCUGGAAGGAAGAACCCAUCCACUGCACACCCUCUUGGUACUUCCAAGGAUAACAUUUUAUGCUCUGGGUACAGCUGACAAGCAACAUAGUAAGAGACCUAAAGCACGGCAAAGAGAAGGUGGUGAUGUAUCCUGAGAUGUAUUUAACAGUGCCCACCAAUGAGUGUCUUCAGUUUCAUUCAACUCCAUCAGAUAUUUUGAAAAUAAGUUUGUUGCACUGUAUUAGUUCUGCCUGGUUAUUCACUCAGUUUUCUGUUCUUUAAUGUUUCUCUAAAAUUUUUCUUGCAACUUUUGUAGCAUAAUUUUCUGAACAUGUUUCACUCAGUUUCCUGUUAAUCAUCUUCAAAUGACUUCUAUCUGCAGUUUCUUUAUAUUCCUUUCUACUUUAUAUUCCUUUCCAUUCCUUUCCUCCCCUUCAGACCCUUAUUCAUUUAUUAAAAUAUUUAGUGUAUACAUGAACACACAUGUCACUGUGUGUGUGUGUUGUGAUUUGAAUGAGAUAGCCCCAUAGGCUUAUAUGUUUGACUAUUUGGUCCCCAGUUGGUAGAACUGUUUGAGAAAGAUUAGGAAGUGUGGCUUCAUUGGAUGCAGUGUCAUUGGUUUUGUGGUUUCAAAAGACACUGGUCAUCCCGUGUGUCCUCUGCCUGCUGCUUUUGGAUGAAGACGUGAACACUCAGCUGUUCCUUCCUUUGCUCUGCCAUCAUGAACUCUAACUCUCUAAAACCAUAAGCCCAAUUAAAUGCUUUCUUUUAUUCGUU